AGAAAGAAAGAUUAUUUAUUUGUUUCUGUGUGAGAGUGUGUUUUUUUCGUUUUGGGGUUUAAACAAAAGGUUUAACAACAUUUAAUCAACAUGGAGUCUAAUAUACACAACAAUAUGCGGCAAAGACAUCAUCUGCAUAUGCCGGCUACACGGCGAUUCUUAACGGUUAAAUUCUACUUAGCGUUAGUGUUAAUUAUCACAUUGCACCACACAACACAAGUGACAGCAUCAACACUUGGCUCCAAAUGUCAACAUGACAUGGAUUGUACAGACUUCAUCAAGGGAUCAUCGUGUUCGGCUCUGGGCUAUUGUGAAUGUGCCCCAUAUUAUGUUCAGUACAACACAACAUCGUGUUUGUCAUCACAACUCCUGGGUGGCGAUUGCAUACUGAACGAACAGUGCACCAUGAAGGUGUCCAACAGCAGUUGCCUGGAUGGAGCAUGCCGCUGUGUUGAGGGUUUCUUGCAAUUCCGCAAGCACACAUGUCUUGGACCCGCACCCCCUGGUUCCGUUUGCUACAGCCAUGCCCAUUGUCAGAUGUUCAGUACCAAGACCCAUUGCGAUUUUCUGAUACCCAACUUAUUUGGUCGUUGUCAAUGUACAGCUCCUGCAAAACUUAAGGCUGGCAAUUGCAUUGAACCCGAGCAGAUUCAAAUUCCUAUCCAAGAAAAUCAAAUGCAACAGCUGCCAAGCGAAACAACACCACAGGCCCAAAUUUCGACAACGUCGACCACAACCAGCACCACCACUAGCAGCACUACAACCACUACCACAGCCCCAGCACCUGUAAUAGUGACAGAGGCCCCUUUUAAUCAUCCCAAAGAUCAAGAUAAGCCUUUAAGCGAUCCCCAGAUACAAGAAAAUGUCAUAGUCCCCGCCGAAGAAGUUGAAGAAAAUAAUGUUUCAGUGGAAGAACAAGAUUUGGAAGAUUCUCUUAAACCCUCACAAUUUCAGGAGGAAGUCAAAAUAGAAGCGCCCACCACUCAACAAGCUCCCCUGACUCCUGCCCAUGUAGAAGCUGCUGUAGUUGAAGAACAUCAUGACGAGGAGGAUAUUACCCAAGAUACAGCCAUGGUUACAGAAGAUUAUCCCUAUAAGCCUGACUAUGAAUACAACGAUGAGCAUCUUGAACAUGCUGCGCAAGAAGAACACAAAGAUGAGGCACCUGCAGCUGGUGCUGAGCAACACAUAGAAGAUGCCUUACCAGAGGAGGAACAUACAGAAGAAUAUUCCGAUGUAGUGGAUAACACCAUGAAUUUUGAUUAUGAAGCUGCUCAACAAGAAAUGGAGGAACAACACAGGGAAGAGGAAAACCCAGCAGCGGUAGAGGAGGCACAUGAUGAAACAAAUGAGGGACAUAACCAAGAACAAAAUGCAGCUCAACCCCUGUUAAUGGAGGAUCACAUUUCUGCAGAGCACAUCGAACAAACCGCAAAUGAUGCCAUGGAAUUCAAUGAGCCCACCUCAAGCACUACCACCUUAACUCAACAAAUAGCCUUAGAGCAAGACAAUUCCCAUAAUGGCGACAUUCAUCUUCCACCACAGCAUCAACACGAUGAACUUGUUCCAGGCGCCUAUGAUGAUAUUGCAGAAAAUGAAAGUGAGAACAAUGAAAUUGAAGCAACAACUUUGCAGCAACAACAACAAGAGCCCCUAGCUCCGUAUGAGAUUGAUGAAGUUAUUACCACACAGCCAGAAGAUGAAAACGCUGCUGUGCUAGCAGUCAACGAAAAUACUGAAGAAUCAUUGCCACCACAAAAUCCCAUACAAGCAGUAGAGGAGGAAACACAAGAAAUUUCACACAACGCAACAGGAGAACUGGCUGCCAACAUUGACGACGAAAAACAGCCCCAACUUGCCGAUGCCGUUGAUGUUGACCAACACGUCGAGUAUGAAAAACUGGAAAACCAACAAACUGUUGAAGAUAAUAACACUGGGGGCCAAAUAGCGGACAGUAAUGGUGAUGCACUGCUUCAACUGCAAGUUGAGCAACUCAAUGAGGAGAAGGAGGAACAACAACAUCAGCAACAACAAAUUGCAGAGACCACAAACAAAAUACCAACACAUAAUGCAGAUCAAAGUGUUAAUGAAGAUCAACAUCAGCCAUCAGAAGUAUUGCAUCAAACCAAUGAAAAUAUUGCUGCCACCGAGGAAAAUAAUGAUCAUGAGGAACAUCAACAAGAGGAUACCACAUUUCACUAUGAUACCCUUCUACAAAAUGAGUAUGAACCCCAAAGUCCUGAUUAUCAUGAGGAAUAUGAAAUUGAAAAGGAACAUCAGAUAAUGGAGAAUCAAGAACACUCUGAGAAUGAAAUGAAUCAGCAUAAGGAAGAAGAAAUUCAAAAUGCUGAAGAGCAAGAAGAUGAUCAACAAAAAGCUGAAGAACAGGCAGAAGAUCAACAAAAAGCUGAAGAACAAGUAGAAGAUCAACAGAAGGCUCAAGAAGAAGAUCACCAACAAGUUGAAGAGGAACAUGAAGAUCAUCAGAAAGGUGAAGAACAAGAACAUCACCAGCAAGCUGAAGAUGAACAAGAACUGGAAGAUAAUCAGAAAGCUGAAGAAGAACAAGUUGUUCACCAGAAAUCUGACGAAGAACAAGAAGAUCACCAGAAAGCCGGAGAUGAACAGGAAGAUAACCAGAAAUCUGAAGAAGAUCAAGAACAUCAUCAAAACUUCGAGUACCAUGAAUCAACCGAAGAAGAAGACCAUCAUCAACAGAUUGAAGAAGACAAUGAACCUCAAGCAAGUGAACAUGAAGAACUAUCCGUAGCCCAUCAAGAUGAUGAAACUGAAAUCAAUCAUUCCUUGGAGGAUAACAAGACGACAUCAAACGAGGAAGACAGUCAGGAUCAGAUGGUACAUAAAGAAGAACAAAAUGCAGUAGAAAAUAAUGAAGAACAAAAACCUGCCGUUAAUGAAGAUCAGGAUUUGGAUGAGGCUGAACAUGUAGAAGAUCAUGUAUCUCAAGAUGAUCAACUUUUAGUAGAACCAAAGCCAAUAGUCACUGGAGAUCAUCAAGAACAUUCUGCAAUAAUGGAACAAGACUUGCAUAAACCUAUAGGUGAAGAGAUGCCACAACAUUUUGAUGGACCUCUAUCCGAAGUCAUGGAAGUACAGAAAGAAGUACCUUCAUCUGACAUUGUCAAUGAAAACCAUCAGAUUAGUAAUGAAGAAGAAAAUAAGAUGGAAUCUGCAACAGUUUUGAGUGAGCAGGAUAGUCCAGCUGAUCCCAGUUUCAGCAGCGAAAAUAAUAUCCAGAAAAAUGAAGAACCAGUUGAUGAAUUGUCAGAAAUAGUUCCUCAAAUUUCCUCAAGCCAGGAAGCAACAAUUAUCCACCAACUAGAGGACAAAUUGAAACCCACUGCAGAAUCUCAAGAAGUAACUGUUGUUGGUCAGCCAACACAAGAAAUGAGAGAAAAGGAACCUGAAGAAUUGAUACCCUUGGAAGAUCAUCAAGAAGCCAAUUCGAUGGAAAUGCAACAACCUGAUGAAAAAGUAGAACCCAUUCCUUCAACACAGAAUGAAGAGGAAGAACAACAUUCAAUGGAAACUGCUACAGAAGCUGCCAACGAAGAACAAGAAGAACAUUUUUCCCACAAUGAAAUUGAUGCCAACGAACAUGCAGAAGAAUCAACUGUAUCUCCUUUGGAACAAGAAACCGAUAAUAACAACCAUAUUGAAGAUCAGCAACAUUUGUUAGAGGAACAUGCUACUCAAGAUGAAUCGCUGGAAGACACCAUUGAUUUGGAUACCAUUUUUAAAGAUCUAGAGGAAUCUACUCCCUACUUAUUAGACUUGGAAGAACUGGAAACGGACAAUAACAAGGAACAAGACUCCCAUGAACAUCUGAAUGAAGUUAGUGAACCUGGAGUAAAUCCAUCCCAAUCCCAAGUAACACAGGAGGCCAUCUCAGAGGAUAAGGACGAAGUAAUGAAGGUUGAUGAAACCUUGAAGCAACAAGAAACUGACACCAAACUAACAACUACAGAAGAGAAGCAGGAAAAUAUUAAAGAACACAUCGAAAAUGAAGCACCACAAGAAAUGGAGUUGUUGGAAAAUGACAAAAUCGAACAAAAUGUAAACACAGAUGAAUUGAAAGCAGAUAUCGAAAAUCAUAUCGAGAACUCUGAAGAACACCAGGAAUCUCAAAGUUCUUCCAUAAACCCACAUCAUAAUGCUGAUGAAGUCUUGUUGCCCCUAGAAGAUUUUGAGGCCAUCACAGAAGCAUUUGCCAUACAACAAAAUGAAGAACAAGAUGGCCAAUUACCCGAAAUGGAAGCUACAGAGGACAAUGAAGUUUCACUUAAUGGAAGUCAAGACGAACAAUUCCAAAAACCUGAGAAUAUUCAAGGGCAGCAAGAAACGCAAGAUCAAGAAACUGGUGAAACCGUAGACCAACCUCAACUCUUGGAACAUGAAUUUGCUCACCAUGAAGCCACAAUUGUGCAUGAUGAAGAAAAUCAAAUUAACCAUUUGGAAAGCUCUGAAGAUCAAAAGCUCGUGGAACAUCAAAUGAAUAACAAUGAAGAACAUGCCAAUGUUGAUAUACAAGGCAAUGAGGUUCAUGAAAAGGUGGAUAAAAUAGAAGUUUUACAUCACACAGAUACAGAAAUAGGGGAAUUAGAAAAUGACAUGCCUUUGAAAAUGCAAGGAAAUCUGGAAGCCGACAAUGUACUUCACCAAACAGAACAAGAAAUGAAUGAAGGUGAAAAGAUAUCUGAUUAUAUACAACAAAAUGAAGAAGAGAUGAGCACUGAUCAACAAGGAGAGACCCAGCAACAAACUGAAGAGGAGUUAGUACAACAUGAAAAUGAGACUUCAGAUCCUCAGCUGCAACAUCAUGACGAUAUGACUCAUUUGGUUGAACAACCUGAAACCAUGAUCCUACCAGAAGCUCAAGAAACUUCCGAUCAUCAAAAUGAACUUGAACAGUUAUUGAACCGUAAUGAAGACUUUGAACAAAACGCUUCCAUUCAAGACAUUCUAAUGGAUCUAAUAAAAGAAGAAGUUACAGUACAACCUGAGGUUUCCGCAGAAGUUCAGAUUCAGGGUAGUCAAAAGCAGGAUGAAGUUCCUGAUUUAAUUGCCGAGGAUUCCAAUAUUUCAGAAGAGAAAAUUAUUUCACAAGCGGCACCUAUGGAAGAAGCCACUGAAGUUAUGAUAGAUCCUGAAGAUAAGUUAAUAACCUUCUACCCAGAUGUACAAGAAGUUGCAGAACAUCACAUGACAGCCAUGAAAAAGGAAACAGAAACUAGCCAAAUUCCUCCGAAACAGGAUGCUGAACCUGCCGCAAGUCAACACCUACAUCAAGAUGAACACAAUGAAGCUUCGGGUGAUGAUAAGGAAGAAGCCUCGGGGGAUAACGCCAUCUCCCAAAACAAAGCCCCUGAAACAUCUGAAAAAUUAGCCCCCUUAGAAAUACCUUUCGAUAUGUCCGGUGAUGAUGUCUACGUACCCCAUGAACUAGAAUCGGAUAGUCUAAUAGUAGAGACCACAACCAUAAGCAAUAACGAGCUAUUCAGCCCUGAAUCUGAACAUGAACAGGCUGAAGCCACUACCACUGCUGGCAUUGCAGAACUCACCACACAAACCAUGUUGAAUUUGGCUAGUCGUGUAACACUGAUGGAACCUGCUGCUCCGGUCGCCACUACUUUGAGGCCCCUGAUGUCCACCUUGGCAAGUGAAGAUGAGGUGACUCCCGAGCCACAACGUUUAGAUGCUUCAUCGGCAGAGAACUCUAUUAAUAGGAAACCAAGCGCAACAGAAAUCCGAAAACGCGUUGAAUUAAGUUUGGAAGCUGUUUCCUUGGGCUUGAGUUGCUCCACAGAUAAACAAUGUCAACUCGCCGAUCCCAAUACUGUAUGCAAUGCCCGAGGUCUUUGUGAUUGUGCUGUCAAUGCUUAUUCCGCUCCCGACGUUACUGCUAAACAGUGUGGUGCAGAAAGAACCGGUUGUAGUCCGGGCACAUUCCAGUGUCGUUCCAGUGGCGUUUGCAUAUCCUGGUUCUUUGUCUGCGAUGGACGUCCCGACUGCAAUGAUGGCUCCGACGAGGAAUGUACCUUCAAUGCCCGCCUCAAUCAAGCCUGCCCUCCGCAAGCCUUCCAAUGUGGGCACAGUGGACGCUGCAUCUCCAGAGCGGCCUUAUGUGAUGGACGCAAACAAUGUCCCCAUGGUGAAGACGAACAUGGUUGCAACGAUCUAAAGGCAGAUCAGGCAUGUCCUCCCAACACCUUCCGCUGCAAGAGUGGUGAAUGUUUGCCCGAAUAUGAGUACUGUAAUGCCAUCAUCUCUUGCCGGGAUGGCAGUGAUGAGCCACCACAUUUGUGCGGUUCCCGUUCAAUGCCCAACUUCUUUUUGCAACUUUUGACCGCAGGCGGUUUGAUGAACCAGAGUGUGGAUAGCACAGCCUAUUGUCCGCAUAGGUGUAGCAAUGGCCGGUGUCGAUCAACGGCCAUAGUGUGUUCAGGGCGAGAUGGUUGUGGAGAUGGUACCGAUGAACAGACAUGCUCGGUGUGCAGAUGUCCCGCUGUCGAUAAACCUGCCUUACAUGUCUCCGAAUUCUUGGCCCGCCAUCGUCCCCUUUAUUUGUGGUAAAUCUAAGUUUCCUGUGGGCCUUUACUUUCCAUGGCCUUUAACCACUUUCUCUAUGUUUUCCAAGAGAACAUAAUCUUGAAGGCAUCCAAACCGCCAAACCCUACACCAACACAAAAGUGUCCUAGCGUUUUAAGAUUUAUUUAUUCUAUUUUUUAUAAAAAUCUUCCUUAUUUUUUGUAAGACACUACACAUUUUUAUUUAUUUCUGCAAACAUAAAAAACGAAAUUGCCAAAAACGGAUAAAACAAAAACAAUUGUUACCUUGCUAGCAAAGGUUGGAAUUUGGGGCAUUUGAUGAAAGCAGCCCAAAUAGCUUAUGGCCCUUAAGCCUUAAAGCAGCUAAGCUUCAGAAAUUCAAAUCCUUUGAACUAGUGAUG